AUAAAAAAACAAAAUGAAAAAAAAUAGAAAGUGCAGGGAAACGAAGAGGGCAAUUGAAUGAGGCAAAGUAACUCAGUCCCUGUUAGUAUACGCGUUCGUUUACCUUUCCUUUGAUUACUCGCAUUCUUAUACGCCUUUACAUACUCCUCCUUCAGAUCCAUGAAACACCAACAACCACCGCAUUCCACCCUUCUCCGCUAGAUCCUCCACCACCGCCGCUACCACCACCACAACCACAACCACAACCACCACCGCCACCGCCACCGCCGCAAUUCCACGAAAAUGAAGGGUAAAACCCGUUUAUUCACGAUCAGCCUAGUGUCGGCGUGGUACUCUUCCAACAUUGGAGUGUUACUCCUCAACAAGUACCUUCUCAGCAACUACGGCUUCAAGUACCCAAUCUUCCUCACCAUGUGCCACAUGACGGCGUGCUCGUUGUUCAGCUACGUCGCUAUAGCGUGGUUGAAGGUGGUUCCGUUGCAAACCAUUCGGUCUAGGGUUCAAUUCUUCAAGAUCGCCACACUCAGCCUCGUUUUCUGUGUCUCCGUCGUGUUCGGCAACAUCUCACUUCGCUACUUACCGGUCAGUUUCAACCAGGCUGUCGGCGCCACCACGCCGUUCUUCACCGCCGUGUUUGCUUAUGCCAUGACGUUUAAGAGGGAGGCUUGGCUCACCUACCUCGCUCUCGUUCCCGUUGUCACUGGAGUCAUCAUUGCCAGUGGGGGUGAACCGAGCUUCCAUUUAUUUGGGUUCAUAAUAUGUGUUGCAGCUACGGCUGCACGAGCGCUAAAAUCAGUGUUGCAAGGAAUUUUGCUUUCUUCUGAAGGAGAGAAGCUGAACUCCAUGAACCUCCUUCUUUAUAUGGCUCCAAUGGCUGUUGCUUUCCUUCUUCCUGCUACAAUUAUAAUGGAAGAAAAUGUGGUUGGCAUCACGCUGGCUCUUGCCAGAGAUGAUGUGAAGAUCAUUUGGUAUCUGCUAUUUAAUUCAGCGCUUGCCUAUUUUGUCAAUCUGACCAAUUUUUUGGUCACAAAGCAUACCAGUGCUCUCACUCUUCAGGUACUUGGUAAUGCAAAAGGAGCUGUAGCAGUAGUAGUUUCGAUUCUGAUAUUUAGAAACCCAGUUUCAGUCACUGGAAUGAUGGGGUAUUCGCUCACGGUUCUUGGAGUUGUACUUUAUAGUGAAGCCAAAAAGCGAAGCAAGUGAUAAUAGUACUGAUAAUGUAAUACAUUAUUCUGGGAAAAUCAGCAGUAUAUUCCCUGUAUUUGGGACAACCUCAAGAUUCCAAGGGGAAAAUUUGUUAGCAUGAUCAUGAUCAGAAUCCGGAUAUUUUAGACUCUAAAUACAAAUUUUUUUUGGUCCCACAUGUAAAGCCUCUCAUUGAACGGGUUCCCCAUUGUAUUAGUAACUGUCUAGAAAUAGUAUAAGGUACAAAGUUCCAAUAAGUAGCUGGAUCUUAUGUCUUUUUGUCAUUUAUUCUUUGAAGGAAGAGUUGUAGAAUUGGAUUUGUACUCAUUUGUUUACAUUGCUUACAUUUGUCAAUUGAUGAUAAAAUUAAUAUUUGGGCUCA